GUAUCAACGCUCACUUGUCGAGAAUAUAACCGAACAUGAGCAGUCAGUCCAAUUUCUCACUGCACCAAACCUCCUGAGAUCGACACUAGACAUGGCUGUUUCUGUCCUGUUGCGAGGGUUGCUCGCGCUGUCCGUGGCCUCGCACGUCGUCUUGCCAUGUGCGGCGAUGAUGAUGUCGGGCAGGCCAGAAAUUGGAUUCAUUGGUUAUGGCAUUCCCAUGUACGACCCAGUAUGCCCAUAUGCCUGUCGUGAAGCUCUAUCGAGUAGUCGACUCAACUGCUCGAGCAUUAUGACGAUGGAUGGAGAGGAUAUGGUCGACACUUCAACGGAAUGCUACGCCAGCGAUGCCGAUUUCCUGACUUCCAUGGCAUGGUGUAUCAAGCAACAUUGCACAAGUCUGAAGCCGUGGCAGAUAGAGAAAUACUGGUACCACGAAGUCCCCGGCAAGCAAGCUCACCAGCCUGAGCCCCGAUUGACGUAUCAACAAGCGCUUGACCGGGUGCCGACUACCCCCGAAGUAUCAAUCUCUCCAGGCUCCCCGUUGAACACUACCGUGCUCGUUGCCGAUACCGACUGGAAGCUGCAAGCCAUGUCAUUGUCGGUAUUCGCAGCAGUCGAAAUCAAUCACUCCAAGUAUGGGCUCAUACUCCUGAUCUCAGCAGUGCUCAUCCCUAUUGCGGCAUCGCUGGUUCGCUUUCUGCCUCUACCACGCCUACUCACCUCCAAAUUCUACGCCGUCUUCGUCGACCAGGAAGUCGUCCCGGCUCGCCGUGGCGGCAUUCUUCACAAGCUAUUCCGGGAUCUGACGCGAGGCCAAGCAGUCUUCGUGCUCUACUUGCUCAUCAUCAAUCUCGUCCUGUGCAUCGUCGGCUACCGGAUCGCUGAUCCCAGUGCCUGGUUCUCGACGCGCAAUCGCCAGCUCUUGACCUAUGUGGCCAACCGUACCGGAGUUCUCAGCUAUGCGAACGUUCCUGUCCUGGCCCUCUACGCCGGCAGAAACAACUUUCUGCGCUGGCUCACCAAUUGGGACCAUGGGACUUUUGUCAUCUUGCACAGCUGGGUGGCCGUGAUAUGCGCCGUCGAAGCAAUCCUGCACUCCAUCAUCUACCUCGUCAUAUAUGUGCAGGAUGGCACCCAUAAUACCGAAUCGAGGCUACCUUACUGGUAUUGGGGCAUCAUUGCCACUCUCGGUUUCACUAUUCUUCUUCCCGCAUCCGUCCAAUCGAUUCGCAAGAGGGCCUACGAACUCUUCUUGGCAUCACACUUUGCCAUCGCACUGUUGUCGCUGGUCGGGUGUUACUUGCACAUCUACUACAACUUCGCACAUCAGUGGGGCUAUGAGCUCUGGAUCUAUAUCGCAUUCGGUAUAUGGGCUUUCGAUCGCUUGGUGCGUCUUCUGCGCGUGGCACGGUACGGCAUCCGGACGGCUUCCAUCACCGUCAUCGACGACAACUAUUGCCGAGUGGAUAUCGAGGGUUUGACUGGAGACGGCCAUGGGUAUUUCUACUUCCCAACCUUGACGUGGCGCGUAUGGGAGAAUCAUCCGUUUUCGAUAUCGACCACCUUUUCGACAGUACCAUCGGGCACUCCAUCAGAGAGCAGUCUCGAAGCGACUCAGCCGGACGAAAAAGCUCUCGGCAUUACGAAAGACCUGGAAUGCACCAAAAGUCAGAUGGUCUCUGAGCACAGUGCGGAUAAAAGUCUUCUGGGUGACUACAAAGCCUCGCUGACGCUCUACAUCCGAGUCUGCGACGGCUCGACUUCCCUGCUGGCGCGGCACCGCAAGCUCCCAGUGCUCGUGGAAUCUGGCUAUUCGACUUCGUAUACGAUUCCCACUGCAUCACACCUCAUCUGUGUUGGUGGAGGCGUGGGCAUUACCGCAUUGAUUCCAGCCCUCCAGACCCACCGUGGCAGGAAGAAAUUAUAUUGGAGUUGCAGGAGCAGAGGACUUGUAGAUGCGGUAGAGCCUUCGAUCGAGUCCGUCGAAAAGGACGUGCUUGUGGGGGCUCGCUUCGACGUUCGCAGUGUACUGGAAGCGGAGUUGGGUAUCGGUAUCGGUGAACUUGUUGUGUUAGUGAGCGGCCCCCGAUCUAUGAUGGAAGAGGUGAGAGAAGUUGUGUGCCGUCUGGCGAGGACGUCAAGCCGCCCUGUUCGACUGCUCUCGGAAUCCUUUGCAUGGUGA